UGGCACAUUGUCAGCUGAAUUCUCAGUUAUUUCGGUUUCUUUUUACGUUAUAUACACUUUGUAACGAUGUCUCGCAGAUACGAUUCAAGGACGACUAUCUUCUCACCUGAAGGCCGUUUAUACCAGGUGGAAUAUGCAAUGGAGGCCAUCUCGCAUGCCGGCAUUGCGCUCGGUAUUCUGUCAAAAGACGGUAUUGUGCUAGCAGCAGAGAAGAAGGUGACGUCUAAAUUGCUGGAGCAAACGACAUCGUCGGAAAAGAUCUACAAGUUGAACGACAAUAUGAUUUGUGGUGUAGCUGGUAUUACUGCUGACGCCAACAUUCUGAUCAACUGGGCCCGAGCAAGCGCACAGCGAUAUCUAUUUACGUACAACGAAGAGAUUCCGGUAGAGCAAUUAGUUCAGCGAUUGUGCGAUUUGAAACAAGGCUAUACCCAGUACGGUGGUCUACGUCCUUUUGGUGUAUCAUUCAUCUUUGCGGGUUAUGAUGAACAUUACGGUUUCCAAUUAUAUCACUCUGAUCCAUCUGGCAACUAUGGUGGAUGGAAAGCAACAUGUAUCGGUGCCAAUAAUGCGAGCGCGUCGAGUAUCUUGAAGCAAGAUCACAAAGAAGACAUGACGUUGGAGGAAGCCAAGGCGCUUGCUGUCAAGGUGUUAAGCAAGACAAUGGAUAGCACAACGUUGAACAGUGAGAAAUUGGAAUUCGCUACGAUUCGUUUGAUUGACGGCAAAGUCAAGUAUGAAUUAUACAAACCGGCUGAAAUUGAUGCUCUGUUGAAGGAACAGAAUGUUGGCAGCGAAUCAAAAGAAAUGGAGCAGUAGUAGUAAAUAAGGAAUAAAAUGAAUAUUUC